CCCUCUCUAUGUGUCCAUUCUUCCAAGGCCACUCGCUUCUAUCUUCAGGUGGCGGAUGCCAUUUUCGGCCCAAAAUUAAGAAAAAAAAAAACCAUCUUUAUUUUUCUUGAAAAAAGGGGAAAAAAUACCCUUUAUUACAAAAAAAAAACGAUUCUUUUAGGUCAAAUGGUGGGUUUUGUUUCGUUGAUUUGGUAUUCAAAACCCUAAUCACCAAUUUUUAUUUCAGAGCUUAGCUCAACUGGGACAUGGUGCAUCCAGCUACUGGUUUCUGCAUUUGUGUGAGCGUGGUCGCUAUUUUUUGUACACUUCUUUGCUUGGCUGAUCGUGGCAAAUGUCCUCGAGAAGGGGUUCACAAAUCUUUAAAUCAUGAUGCUUGUAGCUCUUACUCGAGCUUUCUUAGUUUCGACUAUGGCUCAGGACAUCAGAAGACGGUUCCUGUUGACGACAAUGCGUGUAGUAGGUCGGAACUGUGUCACUUUCUUUCAACAUUUUAUGGUUUUCGGUCAGAAGCGCAGUGUUUAAAGGCAGGAAACUUGGAUGUAAACAGGAGUGAGUGUGGAGCUGCAUUACCUAAACAAUCAAUCAGAUCAGGUGGUAAUGUUAGUUGGUGUGCCAAUGACGUUGUGUUUCGCUUAGUUGAUGGAGGGAAUGUUGCAUGUUCUUCGAACUUUAGAGAGUCUGGCCAUGAGAAGUUAACUCCUAUUGUGAAGGAUGCUGAUCACGUUGUUCUGUCUUCUUGUAGAGAGCAUUUACUUUAUAAGAAGGAAACAAGUUUUAGCUUGCAGAAGAUAGAUAUAGAAAAGUCUCACUCCCCAUCUUCCGAUUCCUCAUAUCUUCGUGUAUCUAUAAGCCCAAGUAAACUGAACUGGGGACGAAGCUUUUUGUAUCAUCCCUCUGUAGCUUCCUUGAGGCUAAAGAAUACCUGCAAUGAAAGUACUUUAGUGGUUUACGAACCUUUCAGCACUGACUCACAGUUCUACCCAUUCAAUUUUAGUGAGGUGGUAUUAGGACCUGGUGAAGUUACUUCCAUGUCUUUUGCCUACUUACCGAAUAGGUUGGGUUUGUCUUCAGCUGAAUUACUUUUGCACACAAGUUUUGGUGGUUUUUUGGUAAAGGCUAGGGGUUUUUCUGUUGAAUCUCCUUAUAGGCUGAGGCCCUUGGUGGGCUUGGAUGCUUCUUUUGGUGGGUGGUUGAGUAGGAAAUUGUCCCUGUCUAAUCCUUUCGAUGAUACCAUCGACCUGGAGGAAGUAACUGCACUGGUUUCAGUUUUUGAAAAUAGUGGUUCUCUUUUAGUGGAGACAAUCUGCAGGAAACAAAAUACUAAAGGGUCUAACAAACACAUAUUUUCCAGUGUUCACAAGGUUGCAGAUGGUGACAUUGAACAACUGAAAUCCAUGGUCAUGGCAGUUACACCUCUUAAUAACUGGUUAAUUACUCCUCAUAGAACUCAAAGCAUUAUGGAAAUGAGCUUUUUACCUGAUUCAGAACGAAGAGUUGAGGGUGCAAUUUGUAUGGAGCUGUUUAGGCCCCUGGAGGGCGAGAAGGACAUACUCGUGGUUCCUUUUGAAGCAGAACUAAGUAAGACAACAACCUGGAACAAUACAGCUUCUUCACUUUCAGUAUCUGUCGAGGCUGUUGGUCCUUGUGAUGCAAGUGAAACCACUAUUUCUGUCUCAGUAAGAAACAAGGCAUCACAUCUGUUGAAGAUUGUUAAGAUUAAUGAAGUUGUUGACAGCAAAAAGCUCCUGCAGAUAAAAUACAUGGAAGGACUCCUACUUUUUCCUUACUCUGUCUCACAAGUAGCGUUGGUGACUUAUGAAUCCUCCACUUAUGAUUCCUUCCUUGAGAUACCUGAUGUAAACACAAGCUGUAAGCUAGAUAUACUGGUAAAUGACUCGAUUAGCCCUCUUCUUGAGGUUCCUUGCCUGGAAAUUUUUGGGAUUUGUCCCAGACGACAGCGGGCAUCAUUCUUUCAUAUGCCCGACGUUGUUGAUCCUAGCAAUAGAACAGGAUAUCUAAGCAGCUAUGAAAAUUCUCCAGUAUUAAACAAGGCACUGGGAAUUGCAGAGGCAGAUGAAUUUGUUCGUGAAAGAUGGACAGCUCAGAGCACCAUGAGCGGGUUUUAUCUACUUGACAACCAAGAGCUCCUUUUCCCACUAAUUCCGAUUGGGAAAUAUCAUGCCAAGUCAAUAACUCUCAGAAAUCCCAGCCAACAACCUGUCAUAGUGCAGCUUAUUCUAAGCUCAGGAGAAAGUGUUGAUAAUUGCAAAACCUGCUACGAUCAUCAAAAUUCACCCUCUCUAAGUAGUUCUAUCUGUAAUGACUCUACUAGAGUGAAUAAGUAUGGGUUUUCAGUAGCAGACAGUACAGUGACAGAAGCCUUUCUGCAUCCUAAUGGUACAGCAUCAUUGGGUCCCAUCUUAUUUCACCCUUCAAAUAGAUGUGAAUGGAAAAUCUCAGCUUUCAUACGGAGCAAUCUUUCUGGUCUUGAGAUGUUGUCUCUGCGUGGAUUUGGUGGAUCCCUUUCCCUAGUCAUCCUUGAGGGUUCAGAACUCAUGCAGAGAUUGGAAUUUAAUAUAAACUUGCCUUUUCCUCUAAAUGUGUCCAAAAUUGAGGAUGUUAUUUCUAAUUGUCGUAAGCCAUUAUCAAAGAAGCUGUUUGCUGUAAAUGCUGGUGAUUUCCCUGUCCAAGUUAAGAGGAUAGAUGUUUCAGGGAGAGAAUGUGGGUUGGAUGGUUUUGUUGUACAUAAUUGCCGGGGGUUUUCUCUGGAGCCUGGAGAAUCUUUCGAGCUUGGGCUAUCAUACCAGUCAGAUUUUUCUACGCCUGUAAUAAAAAGGGAGCUUGAGUUGAUUUUGGCUGUUGGGAUUCUUGUUAUACCAAUACAAGCAAGUAUUCCUCUCAAUACAAUUCAUCUUUGUAGUAAAUCCAUCAUUUGGUCGCGACUAAGGAAAUCUUCCUUGGCCAUUGUUCUUGCAGCAGUCUUAAUCUCUCUCCUCUUCUGGUUCACCAUGCCCUCUUAUUUCAUUAGUUGCUUGAUCAAAAGUGAGAAAAGAUCUAUUCCUGUUGCAAGGUCCGUGCUUCACAAUCUGGGCAAUGGAAAGGUUAUUCAACCAACUAAAAGAGGCCAUAUGAAGCAGAAGAUCAUUGCAGAUCAUGUGGAAGGCCGAGCUGAGAUAAACCUUUCAUCAGACACUGUCAAAGUUACCUCUUCGCCAUUUAAGUCAAAAUCAGUUGAGAAUGCUGGUAAAACUGAGGUAGGACAACCUGUUUGUUUGACAGUAAAAACUCGCAAGGAAAAAAGAAGGCGUUCAAGGAAGAGAAAUGCACUCAUUGAAGUCUGCAGCAGCCAUAGUGGGAAUUCUACACCAUCAUCACCUCUUUCUCCCAUCACAACCCUUUCUCCUCCAGAAACUUACUCUCCAUCAACGGAGAAAAUGCAAUCUCGUGAUUCCUUCAGCCCUGAACCACCAAGUGUUCCUGGCAAUCAUCAAAAACUAUCUCCUGGUGGGUCCAGGAAGACGGGAACUCAAUCUCUGCUUUCAGCUUCUGUCACAUUUCCUGGGACCCGUAUUUGUUCUUCGAGAUUGGCAGUGGCCCCACAUGUUCGAGCUCCUGGACCGAUGAUUGAUCCCAAGAAAGCUGUAGAAACCGAGGAAAAGGCCUGGGUGGAGGAGGAUAGGUUUACUUAUGAUAUUUGGGGUAACCAUUUUUCUGGACUUCAUCUUUGUAGGCCAAAUAGUUCAUUUACCAUAACCUCUGGAGAUAUAGAUCACUCUAGUAGCUUCUUUUUCUGGGGUCCGCAACAAACUCUCAUGACAAACUCUCAACCUACAUCUGUAAGUAGUUACUGUGAUGAAGGUUAAUAAUAAUAAAUCAAAAAAUAAUUAAACUUA